GUCCGGCGGCACGGAGCCUCCCCGCAGGGAGGAGCGGAGCGGAGCGGAACGGGACGGGCGGGCGUUGCGGGCGGGCGGCGGCGGCGGCUCGGCGGGCGUGGGCAGGGCCAGGCCGCAGCGGUAAGAGCGGAGAUCUUUUCUCGACUUUCAAAAUGGACCUUGACAUCCAGUGUGAGGAGAUGAGCCCAUCCAGGUGGGCUGAGCUUCUGACCACCAUGAAGUCCUGCAGCACCAUCAGGCUGGAUGACUGCAAUCUCUCCAGUAGUAACUGCAGGGAUCUCUCCUCAAUCAUCCAUACGAAUCCAUCCCUCAAAGAGCUGAAGCUGAACAACAAUGAGCUGGGGGAUGCAGGUAUUGAGUACCUGUGUAAAGGCUUGCUGACUCCGAGCUGUAGUUUGCAGAAGUUAUGGCUGCAGAACUGCAACCUGACCAGUGCCAGCUGUGAGACUCUCCGCUCCGUCCUCAGUGCACAGCCAUCACUGACAGAGCUGCACGUGGGCGAUAACAGACUGGGGACUGCUGGGGUGAAGGUGCUGUGCCAAGGGCUGAUGAACCCCAACUGUAAGCUGCAGAAGCUGCAGCUGGAGUAUUGUGAACUCACCGCUGAUAUCGUGGAAGCUCUCAAUGCUGCUCUGCAAGCCAAGCCCACCCUGAAGGAGCUCAGCCUGAGUAACAACACGCUGGGAGAUACAGCUGUGAAGCAGCUGUGCCGGGGGCUGGUGGAGGCGAGCUGUGACUUGGAGUUACUACACCUGGAGAACUGUGGGAUAACCAGCGACAGCUGUCGGGAUAUCAGCGCGGUUCUCAGCAGCAAACCCUCUCUGCUGGAUCUGGCUGUGGGGGAUAACAAGAUAGGGGACACAGGGCUGGCCCUCCUGUGCCAAGGACUGUUACAUCCCAACUGCAAGAUCCAGAAGCUAUGGUUAUGGGACUGUGACCUCACAAGUGCCAGCUGUAAAGAUCUCUCCAGAGUCUUCAGUACAAAAGAGACCCUCCUAGAGGUCAGUCUGAUAGACAACAACCUGAGGGACUCCGGUAUGGAAAUGCUGUGUCAGGCGCUCAAGGAUCCCAAAGCUCACCUCAAGGAGCUAUGGGUUAGAGAGUGUGGGCUCACAGCAGCUUGUUGCAAGGCAGUCAGCUCUGUUCUAAGCGUGAACAAACACUUGCAAGUCCUGCACAUCGGUGAGAACAAGCUGGGCAAUGCCGGGGUGGAGAUCCUUUGUGAGGGGCUGCUGCACCCCAACUGCAACAUCCACUCUCUAUGGCUGGGCAACUGCGAUAUCACUGCAGCUUGCUGUGCCACGCUUGCUAAUGUCAUGGUCACCAAGCAGAACCUUACAGAGCUGGACCUGAGCUACAACACUCUGGAUGAUGAAGGUGUGAUGAAGCUCUGUGAAGCCGUGAGGAACCCCAACUGCAAGAUGCAGCAGCUGAUUCUGUACGACAUUUUCUGGGGUCCUGAAGUGGAUGAUGAACUAAAAGCCCUGGAAGAGGCCAGACCUGAUGUGAAGAUCAUUUCAUGAGCGACGACAACCUGCAGAGCAAAGUCUAUAAACAACAUCCUCUUCUUAAUCUGAACUUUUCUUACAUAAAGCUAAUUAAUUUAAUAUAGAAUGUGCUUUUACCAAAAAAAAAGCCUUGUGGAUUCCCAGAGCGGGGGUCUGAGUAGCUGGUAAGCCUUGUGUGUCGCUGGAUCUGCCAACGCUGAGGCUUGUGGAAGCAUUGUACAUUUACACUACAGCACCGCAAUCCUUGAAAUAAAGAAAUAGUGGGCAUCUGCUAGAAGCUGGGCUGUACCCUUUAGGACCUCUCUAAUCCUAUAAUCCCUCACAACGUAUUAGUCAGGCUUUAACUAGAGCGCCUUUCCAAAGGCAAGGGGAGACCCACCUCCUGUAUUGUUACAGAGGGGUGCCUCUGCCAGGUCUCUGGGGAGAGCUUUCCGAAAACCAGCAAGUGUGCUUUUUAGUUUGAAACUCAGCCCUCCAUUGCCUUUCCCUAAAGGAGCUCUUGGAACAGCAGCGGUGACCAGGCUGCUGGAGGAGAGAAAAAGGAGUGACUCUUCAGCUGCUUAGUCAGAAUUAGCAUCCCUCGAAGAGUGAUUUUUUCCUACCAACAGAAGAUGCUAUGUGUUUCUAUUAGUAUGGGGGAAGAUUACGUGGUUUGAUAUGUUUGCUCUGGCAAGAGUGGUUCUACAGGAGUUUUUAUUAAAGUCUGUUUGCAAAUAA